AUGCAAGUGAGAAUGUCUGCAGAAAACUCCUCCUUUGUGACAGAGUUCGUCCUUUCAGGCUUAACAGAUCAGCCAGGACUCCAGAUGCCGCUCUUCUUGCUGUUUCUAGGUUUCUACAUGGUCACUGUGGUGGGGAAUUUGGGCCUAAUAGCUUUGAUUGGGUUGAACUCUCACCUGCAUAUUCCAAUGUACUUCUUCCUCUUCAACCUGUCCUUCAUAGAUUGCAGUUACUCCACUACCCUCACCCCUAAAAUGCUCAUGGGUUUUGUCUUAAAGAAAAACCUCAUUUCCUAUGCUGGGUGUAUAACUCAAUUCUUUUUCUUUUGCUUCUUUGUCUUUUCUGAAUCCUACAUUCUAUCAGCGAUGGCUUAUGAUCGCUAUGUUGCCAUCUGUAAACCACUAUUGUACAAGGUCAUUAUGUCUCCCCAAAUGUGUUUCUUCCUUUUGGCUGGAGUCUAUGGGAUGGGGGUUUUUGGGGCUGUAGCCCAUAUGGGAAAUAUAAUGUUUAUAACCUUUUGUGAAGAUAAUCUGAUCAAUCACUACAUGUGUGACAUCAUUCCUCUCCUUGAACUGUCCUGUAAUAGUUCUUACAUACACCUACUGGUGGUCUUUAUUGUGGUGACCAUUGGCAUUGGUAUUCCCAUUGUUACUAUUUUUAUUUCUUAUGGUUUUAUUCUUUCCAACAUUCUCCACAUUAGCUCCUCUUCUGGCAGGUCCAAAGCCUUCAGUACCUGCAGCUCCCAUAUUAUUGUGGUAUCUCUUUUCUUUGGGUCCGGAGCUUUUAUGUACCUCAAACCACCUUCUAUUUUGCCACUGGACCAGGGAAAAGUGUCCUCUAUCUUCUAUACUGCAGUGGUGCCCAUGUUCAACCCAUUAAUCUAUAGCCUGAGGAAUAAGGAUGUCAAAAUUGCCCUGAAGAAAACCUUAAGUAGAAAUGUCUUCUGA